ACUAAACUAUAGUUAACAGAAGCAACAAAGUCAUAAACAAAACACAAAGCACAGCAGCACAGCUCCAUUGCCAUAAUCCGCUUCUGCUUUCUUCUUAGAUCAGACCAAAAUCUGCCAUGGGGAUAGAAGUUACCGAUGUUUGUAUGGACAAGGAAGCUGAUUGUGUCAUGGUUUACUCAAAUGGUGUUUCCCAUGAUUCUGAUCAUGAAACAAUUCCCAAUCAUUAUGAUGGUCCGGGCUCAUAUGUUGAUGGGAAUGCUGAACAACAAGGUGUGGAAGAGAGCGCUGAAGUAAAAGAAUAUGAAGUGAAGGUCUGUACUACUGAAUCCUCAAUUGAAAUAUCUGGACUGAAUAAUAUGGAAAAAAAUAAAGAGGAGCAGAACAUAGCAAACUCAAAUCUGGAGACUGGCUUGCCGGAGAAGGUCAAACCAAAAGGUCUGAAAACAAAGGAAAAUAACAAGUCACGUGUAGCUGUGAAACAUGCAUCAAAAGCCACUUCCGGAAAUAUUCGGACAAAACAUACUAUUCCACAGCCAUUUUACCUGGCAACUGAAAAGCGUGCUUCAAAUGGAGCUCGUCCUGCUGCGUCUGAACCUUAUGCUGCUGCAGCUGUGAAUAAAUCAUCUAAUGCGAAUGGUGUGCGUCAUCCAAACACAAAAAAGAAGAAUCAGCCACCUAUGGUGCCAAGGAUACCAUUGCAACCCAAGAACAAGAAGCAUCCUGAUGAGGAAGAUUCUUGUUCUGUAGCUUCCUCCACUGCAGCAUCUGUACGGACCAUUAAGUCCAAGAUGAAUGUUGCAGCAGCUCCUGUGCUUAGAUGUACAGAACGUGCGGAGAAACGGAAGGAGUUUUAUUCAAAAUUAGAGGAGAAACACCAAGCGAUUGAAGCUGAGAAAUGCCAAAAUGAAGCAAGGACCAAGGAAGAGAGAGAGGUGGCUAUCAAGCAAUUCAGAAAGAGUUUAACAUUUAAGGCAAGCCCCAUGCCAGGCUUCUACCAUGAGGGACCACCACCAAAAACUGAACUGAAAAAGAUGCCACCAACUCGUGCAAAAUCACCGAAGCUAGGACGAAGAAAGAGCUAUAGUGAUGCGGUCAGUUCAAAUCAAGGAGAAAAAGUGAAAGGAGCUUGCUGUUCAGUAAACCGUCACAGUGUUGGUGAAUACUUGGAAGACACCAACACCCGCAGUUUCACAAAUGUAAAGGAUUUAAGUGACAUCCAUAAUGAUCAUUCCAAUAUUGAACUCAAUGAACCAAAUCAUGUGGAAUAGGUAAUUCUGCCCUUGGUAAAUGGGCCGAGUAAUGUAGACAUUGUUGACGUCCAUUCUUAAAUUUCUGGUGAGUUAUUUAAGUUAUUAAAGAGGGGAAAGGUCUUCAUUUUCUCUUGUUUUCUUGUGACUUCUCUGAAGAAUGUGCAUUUUUACUGUGUUUAAGUUGGAAGGACUUGCUGCGGAGUUUGUGUAAUUAUGAAGUGUAAAUUUUCUGUAAUUUAUAUCACUUUAUAUAUAAAGAGUCCAUUUUGCAAAAA